AUGCUGUCGAAUCUGAGUGUCCGGUCGUCGCGGGCUGUCUCUCGCACGCCCGUUCGCGAAGUCGUUCGACACCGGAGCGCGAUCUCGGGUCCGUACCUGCUGGACGAGUACAUACCGCGAUUCCAGCUCCUCACGUCGGUGCAGGAGGCGAAGAAGCGCAGCCUGGCCUAUGCGCAUUUGAGAGAAUGCAAUUUGUGCCCGCGACUGUGCGGCGUGAACCGCUUCGAAAAGCGAGGGACGUGUCUCGUGGGCAGCGACGUGGUCGUCAACACGAUUGCGCCGCACUUUGCAGAGGAGCCGUGCAUAUCAGGGCGCAAUGGCAGCGGCAGCGUCUUCUUCAGCGGAUGCAAUCUUAGAUGCGUCUUCUGCCAGAAUCACGACAUCGCGCAUCAAAAGAACGGCUUCGACCUCACGCCGGAACAACUGGGCGAGUGGAUGGUCAAAUUGCAAGAGGUAGGAAACGUGCACAACAUCAACUUCGUCACGCCCGAGCACGUCGUCCCGCAGGUCGCCCUGGCCAUCCUCCACGCGAAGACCCUCGGCCUCAAUCGGCCCAUCGUCUACAAUACGUCCAGUUUCGACUCGCUUGACUCGCUCAAGCUGAUGGAUGGUCUGGUCGACAUCUAUCUCGCAGACUUCAAAGUCUGGAAGCCUACGACUGCCAAGCGCCUGUUGAAGGCCGAAAACUACGUGGAAGCGGCAAUGGAGUCCGUGAAAGCGAUGCACGCCCAGGUGGGAGAUCUUAGCUUCACUGCCGAUGGCAUCGCGAAGAGAGGCCUGCUCAUCAGACACCUCGUGAUGCCGGGCCUGGAGGAUGAAGGAAAACACAUCGUCAAAUGGCUCGCCGAAAAUGUGAGCAAGGACGUGUACGUCCACAUCAUGGAGCAGUAUCAUCCGCGCGCCCACGUUGGCAAAGGCAAGCGCUCCACGCGUGGGCGAGCGCAGGAUGUGGCCACUGGCACAGUCGACCCAGGCGGCGUACCAGCUGAAGAAGCAGCCAAAAAGGAGAUCAGAUAUCAGGAUAUCAACCGUGCUGUCAGCCUCACGGAAGUCGACAACGUGCGAAGAGCUGCUGAGGAUGCAGGUCUAUGGCGGUUCAACGAAAUAUCGGAACACGCUGGUUUCGCGUGAAAGCUGGCUGUCUCAUCUUCGUCACCAUUCAUCUCCGAGGCUCGCCGUGUCCUGCUGUAACUCCGAUUACCGCAUUGGUAUGUGGGUGCAGAGGCGCGGCGAUCCUGCUCCAGCCGACGACUUGCCGGCAUCACCCACUGCUCCGGAUCCGUUGCCACGAGCAUGGACAAGAUUGAGCUCAAUGUCGAUGAUACAUGAUCGCUCCACAGAUCUUGCUUAAUCAACGAGGCGAAGGUG